AACAAGCUUUGCUAAGCCUUUCAAUCCAUGCGCUUUCCUUUAAACGCAGGCCACCGUAGAUUGAAAUCCAUCUAACGGCUCAUAUUCAAAAUUUCUCCAUAUCUUUAAUCCGCGUGAACCAGCUUUCAACCAAUCAUAUUUCGUCUUGUCGGAAUGAAAUCCAACUCUCACUAUUUAAAUCCACCCAUAUUUUCUGCGUAAAAACCACACACACAAAUUUCGAUCUAGAUUCCCUCAUUUUCCUCAAUUUCCUUAAAUCUCCAAACCCUAAUUUCGGCAGCGAAUUCUCCAUGGCCACCACCGAAGAGCCGAUUCUGUCGAGCGAGCCAGCGGUGGAGCCGACUGCCGCCGCAGAACCUGCGGAGGAGACAGCGAAAGAUGAGAAUCCUACGGAGAAAUCCGUCACGGUGAAGAAGGUUUCUGCUCCAAAAGAUGCUAAGAAGAAGGUUCCUGCUCCGAGAAAGCGUAGCUCCUCCACUCACCCUCCUUAUUUUGAGAUGAUUAAAGAUGCAAUCGUCACGCUCAAGGAGAGGACAGGAUCGAGCCAGUACGCGAUUACGAAGUUCAUCGAGGAUAAGGAGAAGAAUCUGCCAGCGAAUUUCAGGAAGGUUUUGCUCGUUCAGCUGAAGAAGCUGGUGGCAAACGAGAAGCUUGCGAAAGUUAAAAACUCGUUUAAAUUGCCGUCCGCGCGGACUCCCAAGCCGGUUCCGGCUGCUGCUGCGCCCACUAAGAAGAAGCCGGCGACUGCUGCGAAGCCAAAGCUCAAAGCCGCCGCUGCCAAGGAGAAGAAGGUCUCCGCUGUCAAAGCCAAGCCGAAGCCGAAGCCCAAAACUGUCGCAGCGAAGCCGAAGGCGGCCGUCAAGGCUAAGCCUGCUGCCAAGCCGAAGGCAGCUGCUCCUGUAAAAGCAAAGGCCGCACCAAAGAGAAAGGCGGCGGAAACUGCGAAGAAACCACCGGCUAAGGCGACAAGAACGUCAACGAGGACGAAUCCAGGGCGGAAGACGGCGGCUAUCGACGCUAUUAAGAAGGCUCCGGUUGCGAAGAAGGCGACGCCGGUGAAGAAGGCUCCGGCCAAGAGCGUGAAGCCGAAGACCGUCAAGUCUCCGGCGAAGAAGGCCGCCGUUGGAAAGAAGGGGAAGAAGUGAUAGGAGGAUUGGUUUUGGGAUUAGCGUUUGCUUGUAGGGAUAGUAUUGUACAUUCAUUAUGACCCAUCAGCCAAUAUGGAUGCUUUAGCGUCCAUAAGAGUAUAAUAUAACUGUUAUUUUUUCCCUUUCA